AUGCCUCCGAAACGGACGAUGAAGGCUACUGCGGAGGUCACGCUCCCGGACGACCUCCUAACGGACCCGAUCAUCACGCCGGUUCCUGCUGGGGAUGGGGCUGAGAAGCAAGGAUCGAACAACGCGGUUAAUGUUCCUGCAGUCACGGAUAACGCCGCCGGAUCCGUCAAGGAAUCGGCUACUACUGCUGCUGCUGUCGCCGGUGGCUCUGGUCUGUCAGUGGAAGAGAAGAGUCAGGACAACCAGGCUCCCAUUGCUGUGACCGACGAGUUCCUGGAAGAUGAUGAAGAUGAAGAGCUGGAGAUUGACAUUGCCAAGGAAGAUGCUUUUCGUCUUCGCUUUACAGCAAUCUUACUCAUUCCGAUGGUGCUUUCUCAGGAGAUUAAGGCCAUUAUUGCUGCAGUGCGUCUCCUGAUGACCAAGGUCUGGAGCUCAUCUUUAACCGAGAAUGCUGGGGUGACGGCUAACAUUCAGGAGAUGGUUCCUGGUUACGUUGCGAAGACGCGGUUCUGCCGACUCCAAAUCUCCUUUCUGGAUGAGCGGGAUGCGCACCACAUCAAGUUUCAUGUAUUUGAGUACCAGAAGGCGAAUGCUCCGGCGAUCAAGUGUAUCUGGCAGCAUACGGAGAAUGCUUCGUUGCAUGCAGCAGCCCUAGGCAGACCUGGUUUCCGGAAAGCGGUAGAAGCUGCUUUAGCAAAGACGGCUGAGGAAGGGGCUGGGAACUUCGAGUUAUUACUGGGGAGGCUCAAUGCUGGGUUACGCGCGUAUAUGAAGGAGGAGAACAAAAGGGUGAAGAAAACAACGGCCUAUCUGGCAGAGGUAGUGGCGGAGCUGCAUCAGGAGCAGAUGCGCAACCCGGGCUGCCAGAAGACGAGAGACCUGCUUCAUGUCAGGGACGCGCAACUGAAAGAGUAUCACGCGUCAAAAAGGGACAGACUUCACGUGAUGACGGGAACAGAUGUGGAGUUAGCUGGGGAGGUCCCUUCACCUUUCCUCUCAGCGAGAGUCAAGGUCAGGAAGCAGAAAACACAAAUUGCGGAGCUGGAGGUGGGCGGCGUCAAGAUCUCUGACUCACCCGGGAUCCUGAAGGUUGCGACGCGGUACUUCACGGACCUGUUUGGCACUGACGGUCGGACGUCGGCAGAGAGGUGGAAACCGCUUGCUGGGAGAAAGCUGGAUGCAGAGUCGGCUGCUGGGCUUGCAGCAGAUUGGACGGAGGCGGAAGUGAAACAGGCUUUCAAAGCGCUUGCGGACGGCAAAUCGCCUGGGAAGGACGGACUCCCGAAAGAACUUUUUGAAAGGCACUGGGAUGUCCUCGGUGACGAGUUCCUCCGCUUGGCGCAGUCUUUCUCAGGUUCAGCAUCCAUUCCUGCAAGCAUCAAGGAAGCGGUUACUAUUCUGCUCCACAAAAAGGGCGAGAAGGAUAACUUGGACAACUACCGUCCAAUCACACUUCUUAACUUCACGUACAAGGUGCUGGCGCGGGUGGUGGCGAACCGGAUGAAGCUGCACCUGCACAAGGUGAUUUCGGCGGAGCAGUACGGUUUUAUCCCCGGCAGGAGAAUCUCGGAUGCCAUCGGGGUGGUUGCGGAUGUUAUCGAGGCGGCGAAAAAGGGGAACAAGGACUGGUACAUGUUGCUGGUGGAUUUCCGCAAGGCCUUCGACUCGGUGUCUAGAAGCUUCCUCUUCGACGUCCUCAAGGAGAUGGGUUUCCCGGAGAGAUUCGUCGUAUGGGUGGAAGGUCUGCACAAAGACACCAGAACGAGGCUGUUAAUCAAUGGCUGGCUGGGGGAAGCAGUGGAUGUGAAAUCGGGGGUGAGACAGGGUUGCCCCCUCGCUCCUUACCUGUUUCUCUGCGCGGUGGAGCCGCUGGCACAGGAGGCAGAGCGGCGGAAGAUCGGUCUCUGCGACAAGGCAAACCAACGGUUAGCGUACGUAGGCUAUGCAGACGACACGACACUCUUUCUGGAUGGGAAAAGACAAAUCGCCGGAGCUGAGAAGCUGCUAACCUGGUUUGCCAGGCUGUCGGGGCUGCAGACGAACAAGGGCAAGUCGGUGAUCCUCCCGAUCGGCCACAACAUUGGGAGGAGACCGGGCACAUUGGGAGGUUUUAAAUGGGCCAAGGCGGAUGAAGCGGAGAGAGUCCUGGGUGUCUGGGUCACCCCCUCCGGAAGCAGUGAGCCGACCUGGAAGCGGGCUUUCGAAAAAAUAAUCGUGGAGGUGAUAAAGUGGAAGGCGCUGUUUCUCACGAUUGCGGCGAGGGUUGUGAUUAUCAACUGCUACAUCACAUAG